AUGGGCAUGUAUGCGGUCGGCUAUUACGAUCUCUCAGUUGCUGGUCUUCCUGUCCACGCAACUUGUUUCCGGCCUCUUACCAGUCACGCACUCGCCCAUAACCCCUUUCGCAUCUUCACCUCUCUGCUGAGGCUGGAUCUCAUCAACGAUGACGACUUGCGCUCGUGCGCGGAGAGGGUCCUAAGUGAUCGGAAAAUCUUCACGCCUCGAUGCAUCCAGCUUAUUGAAGAGUUGGAGGCCCUCACGUCAGUGCCCAAGGCAAAAGCAGACGAGCUCAUCAUUGAGGCUCUCGAGACUUUUCGGUGGCAUAAGACCUCAACGGUCGAUGUACAGACGUACAGGCGUCUUCAAGAAGCUCAUCCCUUGAUCGCAGAUGUGGUGUGCUUCAGAGGACCUCACAUCAAUCAUCUUACGCCUCGGGUUUUGGACAUCGAGGCCGCCCAACUUAAAAUGCACGAGCACGGACUGCAGGCAAAAGACAGGAUAGAGGGACCACCAUCCAGGCAGUUCCCGAUCCUCCUCAGGCAGACCAGCUUCCUCGCUCUCGAGGAGGAGAUCGCAUUUUCCAGUGGGUCCGAGAAAGGUGGUAGACAUAAAGCGCGAUUCGGGGAGAUAGAACAGCGAGGUAUUGCUCUGACUCCCAAAGGUCGGCGCUUAUACGAUGAUUUGUAUGGCAAAUUCAUACGCGAACAAGAGCAAGGAUCUUCAAAAGAGGCUGUCUUGAUGAAGACUUUCCAGGACUUUCCUGACGAUCUACACGUCCUGCGUCAACAACAGCUCGCAUACUUCACUUACCAUGUCAUCGAAAAGCGCCAUUCUAGGACGUUUCAUUUGGAUGAUAUUGAUGCUUUGGUGAAGUCUGGAGUCUUGGGGUAUGACCCUAUCACUUAUGAAGACUUUCUCCCUGUGAGUGCAGCAGGAAUCUUCCAUUCCAAUAUCGGCGCAGGUACCUUCAAAGCAAGCGCUGUCUCUUUAGAAGACCAAGAAGCUUUCGAGAAAAGUCUCGGUUGCCAAGUAUUUGACAGUUUCAAGCUGUAUCAGGGCAUGGAAAGGACAUCUAUCCGGGACUGCCUAGGAGAGUUGAACGGGUGUAAAUAG